UCUUUACUAUUUUGACUGAAAACAAGGCUAGCAAAAGCUAUUUUGACUGUAACUUGGGCGGUCCUUGCCCAAUGUUUCCUGAAUGUUUGCACACUAGUUGUUUGAUUAGUUGCACAACAUUUACAGGUGCCACAGCCAGCAUCAAUUAAAGGUAAAUAUUUGUAAUUUACUUUAAUUAAACCAUUAUGUAUACAUUCAGGACUGUCGCAUAGAGCUGUGCAGGUUAUUCAAUGCACAAGGCGUCUAUUAGUGAAGGGGAAAGCGUCAAGACUGAAAUCUGACUAGGGAGCCAAAACCUGUUGGACCGGCCCUGAUUAUUAAAGGAUGUUUUCGAUACCAGAAUACUUUUAUCUGUUUGUUCUGUCGGUGGUGUUAUAUUUCGGAUAUCUAAUAUACAAAUCGUACCAACAGCCUUUAUCUUCCAAGAACAAAGCAAUAUUUAUUACAGGAUGCGAUACUGGAUUUGGACAUCUUUUCGCUCAACGUAUGGCAGAAAGGAACUAUCGUGUGUUUGCAGGUUGCCUCUUUUCAGAAGGUGACGGAGCCAAUAAAUUAAAAGCAUUUUCUUCAAAGAUCGAAGUUGUUCCACUUGACGUCACCAACGAACAAAGUGUAAAAGACGCAGCUAAAACUGUAGAAGUCAGUCUGAAAGUCGAUGAUGUUUUAUUGGGAGUUAUCAAUAAUGCUGGAAUAGCGCAUUGGGGUGAAUUGGAAUGGACCCCGAUGGAAACAAUUUUAAAACUUUUUAACGUUAAUGUAUUUGGAAUGGUUCGAGUGACGCAAGAAUUUUUGCCACUUCUUCGAAAAUCUGAAGGAAGAAUUGUCAAUUUAACAAGCAUGGCUGGAGUUACAAGAGUACCCACAAUGGCACCAUAUUGUAUGAGUAAGUCGGCAGCGACGACUUUCUCGGAUGGAAUUCGUUUGGAAAUGAGAAAAUGGAAUAUUAAAGUUAUAAAUAUUCAGCCGUACUUCUACAGCACUCAAUUAACUUCUAACGAAAAUAUGCUGCUCUCUAUGAAACAUUCGUGGAAGAAUGCCAACCCGAAAAAUACUUCGGAUCUUGGAGAAAAAUACAUGCAAACAUUUGUCGAAAAUUGUAGUUAUGCCGUUGAUUUAUUGAAAUGUAAUCGAGUCGAAGAUGUAAUUUGGUGUUUAGAAGAUGCAAUUACUUCACCAGCUCCAAAUUUAUAUUAUCGACCGGGUAAUCUUCGUUGUAAGAUUUACGUGUGUAUAGCAUACUUAUUUCCUCCUUCAGUCCGCGAUGCCUUACAAAAUUUGAAAUUUAAAAAUGGAAGUUGGGAUCUGAUGCGGAAAACGAUGUUUUUGAUACCAGAAUACUUUUAUCUAUUUGUUCUGUCGGUGGUUUUAUAUUUUGGAUAUCUAAUAUACAAAUCGUACCAGCAGCCUUUAUCACCCAAAAACAAAGCUGUAUUUGUUACAGGAUGCGAUACUGGAUUUGGACAUCUUUUCGCUCAACGUAUGGCAGAAAGGAACUAUCGUGUGUUUGCGGGUUGUCUCUUUCCAGAAAGUGACGGAGCCAAUAAAUUAAAAGCAUUUUCUUCAAAGAUUGAAAUCGUUCCACUCGACGUCACAAACGAACAAAGUGUAAAAGAAGCAGCCAAAACGGUAGAAUGUAGUCUUGGAGAAGACGUCAUUUUAUGGGCAGUUGUCAAUAAUGCUGGACUAGGACAUGGAGGUGAAAUUGAAUGGACACCGAUGGAAACAAUUUUAAAACUUUUCAACGUCAAUGUAUUUGGAAUGGUUCGAGUGACGCAAGAAUUUUUGCCGCUUCUUCGAAAAUCUAAAGGAAGAAUUGUCAAUUUAACAAGCAUUGCUGGAGUUAGGAUAUUACCCGCAAUGGUAUCAUAUUGUAUGAGUAAAUCGGCAGCGUCGACUUUCUCUGAUGGAAUUCGUUUGGAAAUGAGAAAAUGGAAUAUUAAAGUUAUAAAUGUUCAGCCUUACUUCUACAGCACUCAAAUAACUUCUAAGGACAAAAUUAUAUCCUAUUUUGAUCAAUCAUGGAAGAAUGCCAACCCGAAAAAUACUUCAGCUCUCGGAGAAGAAUACUUUCAAAAGUUUGUCGUAAAAAGUAAUACUAUGGUUAAUUUUUUAAAUUGUGAUCGAGUCGAAGAUGUGAUUUGGUGUUUAGAAGAUGCAGUCACUUCACCAGCUCCAAAAUUAUACUAUCGACCGGGUAAUCUUAUUAGUAAGAUCUUUAUAGAGUUCCCGAAUAUACUUCCCGCUUCGGUAAAAGAUUUAUUGGAAAGUACAAUAUAAAAGUCCAUCUUUAACUAUCUCUUUUUCAUUUCUUAAUUAAACCACAAAAUCUGUGUGUUUUGCCUUUGAAAAUUAAUGUUUAAAAUGACAGACAAAAUAUUUUAAAACCAUAAAAUUAAAAAUUAAAAGUAUAGAAAAUCCUCGUUAGUUCGAAAUUCAACGGACGAAAUAAUCGCGACUUCGAAUUAUCCGAUAUUUACAUAUAUACCUUGUAGACUAUGCCUGAUGAUUUAUUAAUCAAACGGAUUACGGAUAAGUAAAAAGAACGAUAUUUUCGUUCAUUAAUAAUUAAUAAUAAUAAUAUAAGUUUGAAUGUAAAUAGCACGUCCGAUAAGAACCGCACAGGUUGCCGGAUAGGUUUUAUAAAAAAGUAAAGCAGAUUCUUCGAAAUGUAGUCCAAAUUAUUUUAAAGUGGCCAAAAAAGCAGCAAGUCGCUCAAAUAUAGUAGCGUAGAGCCCUACAAAUAUCUCAAUCUGCUACUUGUAGCCCAAUCUUGUAAUCCCAAAAACCGGCUUGUAUUUUGUGAGAUUAGAGAAAAAAUGGGAUCGUCUAUGUGUAAGGUGACACCCGAAAAUGUGUUACUGUAAAAGUAAAUCCAUAUUGACCAGAUUAGAGUUGUUCUUGGUGUAUGUUCUAUUAUAGUACCGAGGCACUUCGAUCUAAAUCAGGGGUCACCAAACUACGGUCCGCUGGCCAAAUCCGGCCGGUGAGGUUAGCUCAUCCGGUCCGUUGUCACACUGUGCCACAAAUGAACUAAAAUAUAGUUAUUUAUAUGUAAAUUUCAUAGAUUGUAGAUAAACUUACUAUGUGGAAAAAAUUAAAAUAAAUGUAAGUAAAAAGCAAAAAUUAGUUCAAUCUAAUUUUUGUCUUUGACAGUAAUUUUUAGUAAAAUCAGUGAAAUAAAAAAUUCGGCGACUUUUUGCGACUUUGGAUAUUACAGAGUUUUUUGUGUAAGAGUGCCUGCAACAAAAUUUCUAAGGUGAUUACGAGCUUGCUGCAGCAAUCGUGUUUGUGUAUUGGUAAAUAAAUAAUGUUGGUCAUCUUCACUUUUUGUGUAUUCAGUGUGCUGUAUUAAACAAAAUGGUUAUACGGCCCGCGCUAAUCAUUCUGUCAGUUAUUUGGUCCGUGUGAAAAAGUUUGGUGACCCAUGAUCUAAACGAACGAGUUAACAUAGGCAUAUGACAGUUCGGACAGAAUUUUCACUUCGAAUUUCGAGGUAGCCGUAUUUCGAACUAACCGAAUCCCUUAACGUGUAAAUCUCUAUAUUCCAGGCUGGGACAAAAGUACACUUACGAAUUAACGAGAUUUAACUAUUUCAGAUCGGAUUAACGAGGAUUUUCUGUAUUACUGUUGUGAGGAUAUAAAAGUUUGUACUUAUUAAUGUUACUUGUAAACAUAAUUUUCACCCGUUUUCAUAUAACUUGGAAUUAUGUAAUUAUUGAAUUUGUAUUUUUAAUAAAAUCGUUUGAUUUUUUAA